AUGAUACCUAUCGAAUUGAAGACGGUUGAAUCGUUGAUCCUUUCCCUCUCUCAAAGUCGCAUCGGUCUCGGCCCACUGUAUGAGCGAUUGGCCGAGGUGGAGGAACAAGUGAGCAUGGACAAGUGGAAGAGACGAGAGGUGGGGUUUAAACUGAAAGGGGAGAUGGGGAAGAGACGAGAGGUCGAGUUUAAACUGAGACAGGAGAUGGAGAAGAGACUAGAGGUCGAGUUUAAACUGAGACAGGAGAUGGGGAAGAGACUAGAGGUCGAGUUGGAAUUGAAAGAUGAGAAAGGAAAGAGAACACAGGUCGAGGUGAGGUUAAACGAUGAAAGGUUAGCGUGGGAAAGGGAAUUCCUCCAACAUGAAAAGCUCAAAGAGUUUGUUGAAAAUAGUUUCCGGGAGGGUCAGGUCGGGUCAGAAGAGGGAAUGGGACAACAUGUGACGACGACGCCCACGACUAUCCAAGGGAAUGAAGAGGUGGAAGAAGAGGAAGAACAAGCCAGGUAUAGAUUCUUCAUGGGGACGGGAAAUAUCACACGACAUCGAGGUCGUAAGUCGGGAAGGGAAGCAAGGCUGGUCGGUUACGAAUACGAAUACGAUAAGACGUAUGAUUCUUGUCAUACGGUCGACUCGAUCGAGGAUCAGGAUCAGGAUCAGGAUCAGGCUGAGGAGAGGGAAAGGGAAAGGGAAAGGGAAAGGGAAAGGGAAAGGGAAAGGGAAAGGGAAAGGGAAAGGGAAAGGGAAAGGGAAAGGGAAAGGGAAAGGGAAAGGGAAACGGUAAACGAAGAGACAUCGAUGGAUAUGACGUUUGCGGGUGGAGGUAUCAUGUACACGAUCAUGGAAGAGGAAGACGUGUAG